GUCCUUUUUGCCAUGUACAUAUAUCACUUUGUCGCGUCCAAGCAGAGAUGCCAGUUUUUCGGCUUUUGCUAAUUUUUCGUCUCACUUCCUCUUCUUCUAAUUGCAUAAUUGAAACUUGGCAGCUUUGCCCUCAGCAAUUUAUUUGACAAUUUACUAAUCAAUCUUUGCCUCGAAUUCAAAAAAUUUUUGCCUUCUUGGAAAUUUUCGCCAUCCUGCCUAUCUUUGGAAUCGCCUCCUUGUAAAGGUGAAGCAGUGAAAAUUGCCGGUUUGAUGCAGUUUGACUGAAUUAAUCGUGUUAACUUGCGUAAAUUUUCGCGUUUUCUGCGUUCCUGGCUGCAAGUGUUCAAGCUGUCACGUCUCUAUCUCAGAGAAAGCGAAAUAAGUGCUGGACCAACAUCUUUCUUCAUCUUAAUAGAAAGCAUUCAACAGCAAAAUGGGCAAAGAAAAAAAAGAAAGGAAAUCAAAAGGCAAUAAAAGCCCCGCGGACGUGUUCGCAUAUUAUAAAAACUUUACCAGGAAACUGCGAAUGGAUUUACAUAAAUCUGUCGCUCACCUUACGCAAUAUAAAGCGUUGCGUAUGGAGGACGCAGACACUAUACAAGAUUUGAAUGACAAACUAAGGGAACGCGAUGAGAAAAUUAAAAAAAUCAACGAAGAAGUCAUUGGUUUGAAACAAGCUAAUGGGAAGGCAAAGGAGGAUGCACGAACGUUUCGUGAAACAUACUAUAAACUAGAGCUGAGCUACGAUGAAAAUAUUACGCUAUUAAAAAAACAAAUUGAAAAAUUAUCCCAAGAGAUAUUAAAAAUGAACGUCGAAAAAAAUAAGCAAAUUGCUGAAAUAACUCAGCGCUGCGAUGGCUUGCAGCAGCAAUGUGCUGAAGAAGUCCAGGCUUGUGAAAACCUAAAUAAAGAGUACAAUAGCGCGAUGAUAGACAUAAAUGAAUUAAAACUGCAGCUUGUCGAAAAUAAAAAAGAUUUUGAAGAGUUCAAAAAGGCAAAAGAAUUAGAAGCGGAAGCUCUCAAUAAGAACUUUGAGGAUCAGUUGAAAAACCUACAGGAGGAAUUGCAAAAAAAAGAGUUGGACGUACAAAGGGCCGUUAACGAUAAAGAAAAUAUGGAGAAGGAAAAAGAUCACAUUAUUGCACUGUUGCAAUAUAGAGUUCGGGAGAUUAAAAGAGUUUUUUGUCAACCGGCGUUGCUCGUGCAACCCCGUAUUUCCAACAAGGGCAAUAAUGAAAUACAAAAUCCUGAACAGACUGCUGACGAAAAUAUUGCUAUAACCAAGCCGAUGGUUUAUUCAUCAUCAUCUUCAGAUGAAGAAGUUCCUUUACAAAAUUUGGUUCAAAGUAGGCAAAAUACCGAUUUGGUUCCAACUUCUAAUGAGCAACCAGAAUGCAAAAGGAUCCGUAAACGUUCUUCAAAGCGUUUUGAGGAACCGCGUAAUCGUUCACCGUCGUUCCUUAGAUCGAAUUCUAACGAGGAAGGUGACUUUUCGAGCUUGGAUGAAUGGGAACCAAGUGUUAAACGCGUUAAAAAAGAAGUGACUUUAUCGAAAACUACUUCAGAUGCUUUUGAUAAACUAAAGCUUUUUUGAAGUUCUUUUUAUUCGUGAACCGUUUCCUUGUGAAACGUAACACAUUGCUGUUACAUGAAUUUAAAAUAU